UUGAUUAUUCAUGGCCACCCUCAUUCAGUAGUCAUGAUGUGUUUUCCAGGCUGCACACAUGAUGCUGGCCUGGGAGUCGAACUCGAGGAGGAGUGUGUCCUCACCUUACCCUUAAAUUACGCUGCUGCUCGGUGACGUUGACAGAGCGAAGAGAGGAGAAAUGGGCGGUGCUUUUGCGGUUACUACUGCCUAGAAUUAGAGGCAGGGUUGAGGGGUUUUACUUUCUUUUUAUACAAAUCUACAAUUUAUUUGUAGACUGUAACACCGUAAAGAGGCAUGGUAUUACAUAAUACAGUAGGUGGUUGUUAUGUUCAUACAUGAGUGUGUGGUUUUUAAAGGGGUUACUGUUCCUUUAAGGCUUGGCAGUCAAGUGUAUCGGUUAACGUAAAGUGUGUUGGUGGAAGUAAACAGUUACGUUAAGCACACGACACGUUGUGGUUAUUGUCUAGUUUCUCUAAUGGUUGUAGUCUGCCAGUAAACGAAGAACCGGAAGAAGGUUAGUGCUACCGCUCGAGUUUCCGUAGGCGUAUCUUAAUCAAAAACAUGGCGGCGCCCAUACGCUUAACGUGAGAACGACUUUUGCCACAGCAAGGAAGCUGGAGUAGCAGAACAGUCAACUGCGAAAGACGGGUAUAUUUGCGUUUACAAACCGGUUGUGUGUCUUUAUGCUGGUGCGGGCCGCCCGGCUGUCCCCUCUCAUCGUCAUCUCCUCACACCUACGUCCAUCCCAUGUAGCUGGGGCUACCGCCUCCAUCAGCACAGGCCCAAGAUCCAUGGACCCACAGGAAACCGCCACCCGGGACCGGGAGGUUCUGAAUAACAAGGCAGCUGACUCAUCUUCUUGUGGAGCGCCGGAUGAGGGGCAGGAGCCGUCACCUCCAGCGGGGCUCUUACCUGGCGAGACGGUGGUGAAGGAGGGCAAGGUGGCCAUCUUGUUUCCUAGUGCCAAUGAGGUCUUUUACAACCCAGUCCAGGAAUUUAAUAGAGAUUUAACAUGUGCCGUGAUUACUGAGUUUGCCAGAGAUGUGCUGACUCAGCGUGGCAUCAAGUUGCAAGUGCCUGGCGAGAAGGAACGUGUGGUUGUGGCGCUGUCAGAGGACGCACACGAGUCCGAUACGCAGAGCGAGAAGAAAGGAGAAGAGGCAGCAACUGUAACGGCAACUGCCGGGGAGAAAUGUGAGCGGGGGCUUCGAGUGUUGGAGGCCUUGGCGGCGUCAGGUCUGCGGUCGGUGCGUUUCGCCCUGGAAGUGCCGGGCCUUCAAAGUGUCACCGCUAAUGACUUCUCCACAAAGGCCGCCGCCCUUAUAGCAAGGAACGCUCAGUACAACAAAGUCAGCGAGCUCCUCCAGGCCAGCUGCAAGGACGCCAGCCUGCUUAUGUAUGAGAUGCGAGGCAGGAAGGAUCGCUACGAUGUCAUUGACCUGGAUCCCUACGGUAGCCCCGCCUCCUUUCUGGAUGCCGCCGUACAGGCGGUCAGUGACGGAGGUCUUCUGUGCGUCACGUGCACCGACAUGGCGGUGCUGGCAGGGAACAGCGGCGAGACCUGCUACAGCAAAUACGGCUCCGUCUCCAUCAAGGCUAAAUAUUGUCAUGAGCUGGCUCUUCGCAUCAUCUUACACAGUUUGGACCAGCGGGCCAAUGUGUAUCAGCGAUACAUUCAGCCCAUGCUGGCCAUCAGCGCUGAUUUCUACAUUCGGGUUUUUGUACGCAUCUUCACAGGACAGGCCACCGUCAAAAACUCGGCCAGCAAACAGGCUCUGGUCUACAACUGCGUCGGCUGCGGUUCCUUCCACUUGCAAAGGAUGGGCAGGAGAACCAGCAACGGAAAACACAUGAAAUAUUCUGCUGCCACUGGACCGCCUGUGGGACCAACAUGUGAACACUGCGGACAAAGACAUCAGCUGGGGGGUCCAAUCUGGGCAGAACCCAUCCACGACCAGGCCUUUGUCCAGAAGGUGUUGGCGGCGGUGUCGGGGAACCCGUCUCGUUUUGGCACGUCCAAGCGCAUCGAGGGGAUGCUGAGUAUGGUGACCGAGGAGCUGGAGGACGCACCGCUUUAUUACACGGUGGACAGUCUGAGCAGCACCAUACACUGCAAUACGCCACCUCUGCUCCAGUUUAGGUCGGCUCUUCUGCACGCCGGUCACAGAGUUUCCCUCUCACACGCCUGCAAAAACGCCAUCAAGACGGACGCGCCGCCCACCGCCAUCUGGGACAUCAUGCGCUGCUGGGAGAAGACCAACCCGGUGAAACGGGAGAAACUUUCAGAGAUGAGCCCCGCCUUCAAGAUCCUCUCCACCGAGCCCAGCUUUGAAGCGUGUUUCACUGUGAGGGACGACGCCAACCCUCAGUCCCGUCAGCGUCACUUGACCCGGUUCCAGGAGAAUCCACAAGCAUUCUGGGGGCCCAAAGCCAGAGCAAAGGCCGGUGGUGGCAUCUCAAAUGACCUGCAGAAGAAGCGUCUCAAGAACCAGAACAAGCGGAAGAACCAGAUCACAGAUUCCUCUCAGCUGAAGAACUUUCCCUGCAAGAGGUUCAAACAGGGCACAUGCACACAUGGCGAUAAAUGCUCCUAUUCCCACGACACAGAGUCUACAACAGAAGAGAAAAUGGAAUGAUUUCUCAACUUUUUGUACUUUAGUUGUUUUUAGAAAGUGGGUAAUGACGUCACAGUGGGCCGACUCAUGCAAAAGAUUUUUUUUGCUUGUUUUUUUUUUUUUUUUUUUUGCUGUUAUAACGGCCCAAUAAAGCCCAGACACAUCACUAAAUGAUUCCAUUGUUAUGGCAUUUAGACACAGAUUGACUUGAACCUAAAUUUAAUGAGAUGCAUGGAGUAGUACAAAACUGAUGCUGGCAUUUUGCCUUUUUGUCACCAUGACUGUCUGGCACCUUUUAUUGGUGUACAACGUCCUAUGAGAGAAAGAUGAAUUUGCAAAGUAAGACUUAUUGAGUUUAUUGAUCAAUAUAAAAGCAUUUGUGUGUGCAAAGGUCUCGUCAGGUAAAGAAUCUUGGCUCACACCAACACCGCUUUGAGAGAGACGUGUCCCAAGAAGUUUUGUGGUGUUGUGGAGUUUGUCAUCUCCAAAAGGCACAAAGGAAGAUGGUGGCUGUGACAAUAGAGCUGCCCAUUGAUAAACACACAAGAUGGAGGUCAAACGAUUUGUAAGAAACACUCCUGAUGGAAGCGGAGCGUUCCUAAGAUUAUCGUAGGUCCACUCUGAGCAGGAAGGUUCGAAUCUCCAUCGGGCUUAAGGUGACCUCCAACAGGGACGCGUCCUCAAGCUUUUUGUUCAGUGGCUUCUCACCUGAGGGGAAAAAAACAGAACGGGUACAAAUAAAAUAAAGUAAUUGGGUACACGUGGCACGUAUUCACAUUUUAUGACUUUAUUUAGCAAUGCGAGAAUCCAAAACUUCCAAAUAGCUUCUUUUGUUGUGAUCUGCCUCCCACCCUCAAGAGUUUUUCCCUGACGAUCCUCCAUAGGUUCUCCAUUGGGUUGAGGUCAGGGUAAUACACGAGGGAACUACUAUAUAUAUUGCAUAAUGUGGUACUGGACUUAU